AGAACCACAACACCAAGAUGUACGCAAUUCUACUCGCAGUGUUACUUCCCCUGGUCAUGUCUGCAUCGGACCCUACCAAGGUCUGCAUGCCAGAUAAAUUGGAAUUUGACUCGUUUAAUUUGGACACUGAAGAAGGAGCCCACAUUUCUGUCGACUUCACCCAAAACAUGAUGGUCCUCGCCUACCCCAACAGGACCGAGGUGGAGGACUUUGAUGACCUGAAGAUCUACACCAUCUACAACACAGGCAAGUGUGAGUUCAUCAACCUGCCGUCUGAUGCCGUCUUUCCCCAAUGUCUGCCAGCCAACGCCGUGUUCCUGGGUGAGGCAUCCUUCGGGUUCGGCCCCCACCACCUUGACGACGAGGCGUGGCUGAUCCCCUUCGCUGGCGGCACCCUCCAGCUUAUCUACAGCAAGCAGUUCAACCAGCCACAGUACGUCUUCGUCAGCAAGUACACAGAUGCUUCCGGUAAACACGAAAGCACCGUCUACCCCAACCCUACCUUGGGUAUCUCCAAACCGGAAGUCUUCCAAAUCCCCGGAAACUGCUCACCUGUAAAAAGCUGCCAGUAAUCUCACUAGCAAACUUUAUUUUAAAUCCUUCCAAGAAUUUAUUAAUUUAUACGAUUACCUGUAUUUUUUUCUGUAUUUAUUUCUGUUUUAAUUUCUAGCUGAUCAUUUCACUGUCUUUAUUAUUUGUUUUUGUUCAAUUCUACUUUUUAUGUUUCUUUUAUUACAUUUUUUAAAGUAAUUAAAAAUAGCAAUCUGU